AUGAGCUCUGAAUUUCAAAAGGGGGGCGGGGGCCCCCAAGGUAUUCCCACACAUGCCUUGACUCUUUCAUUGGUUCAGCAGACAUUCACCCCAAAGCUGGUCCUCUUGGACCUCUCAGACGUCAGCUGUGUUCCAGAUGUGGCCAAAGAGAUCCUCGACUGCUAUGGCUGUGUGGACAUCCUCAUCAACAAUGCCAGCAUGAAGGUGAAGGGGCCUGCCCAUAAGAUUUCUCUGGAGCUUGACAAGAAGAUCAUGGAUGCCAAUUACUUUGGACCCAUCACACUGACCAAAGCCCUGCUCCCCGACAUGAUCUCCCGGAGGACAGGCCAGAUCGUGUUAGUGAAUAACAUCCAAGGGAAGUUUGGAAUCCCAUUCCGUACAGCUUAUGCUGCCUCCAAGCACGCGGCUCUAGGCUUCUUUGACUGCCUCCGAGCCGAAGUGGAAGAAUACGACAUAGUCGUCAGCACGGUGAGCCCCACUUUCGUCCGGUCAUACCACAUUGACCCAGGCCAAGGAAACUGGGAAGCCUCCAUGUGGAAAUUCUUUUUCAGGAAGCUGACCUACGGGGUGCACCCUGUGGACGUAGCGGAGGAGGUGAUGCGCACCGUGAGACGGAAAAAACAAGAGGUCUUCAUGGCCAACCCCAUCCCCAAGGCCGCCAUGUACAUCCGCACCUUCUUCCCCGAGUUCUUUUUCGCCGUGGUGGCCUGUGGGGUGAAGGAGAAACUCAAUGUCCCAGAGGAGAGCUAACCGCAGAGGCUAUGUGGGUCCCCUCGAUGGGAAUAAAGGCUUUCCUGGCAAGUGCUGGUCCUCUGUCCUCUUAACGCUGGGGCCCAACACAAGCCAUAUCCCCCUAACCCACACCCACCUAUGGGAGAUUUUCUUCAUCCCAGUGAGGAUGGCUUGGAUGCCAGCUCAGCCACUUACAGGCCCUCAACAUUCCCAGGACAUACUUCCAGAAGCUUCUCUGCAGGGUGACAGCAAGUAGGACAACAGGAGCCAUAAUGGGUCUGACCCCCACAG